CGCCCGCCACAACGCCCGGCUAUUUUUUGGUUGCAGUUUGGUCGGGGCCGGGUUUGAACCCGCCACCCACGGUAUAUGGGGCCGGCGCCUUACCAACUGAGCCACAGGCGCCGCCCACACCUGGCUAUUUUUUUGUUGCAGUUUGGUCAGGGCUGGGUUUGAACCCACCACCCUCAGCAUAUGGGGCCAGCGUCCUACCAACUGAGCCAAAGGUGCCGCCCCCUGAGUUCCCUCAUUCUUAUUUUAUUGACAACUCCUUGACCUAUGUAAAGUACUGACUUAUUUUUUCAUCCCUAAAAUUUUGCCUUUUCAGAAAUGUCAUGUAAAUGGGAUAAAAAUAUGUAGCCUUUAGGGUCUGUUUUUUUUUUCCUUAGCAAAAUAGAUUGAAGAUUUAUCAAUAUUGUUGCACAAAUCAAUAGUUGGUUUCUAUUAUUGCUGAGUAGUGUUCUGGUGUCUGGAAAUACCAAAGAUUGUGGACUCAUUUACUUUUUGAGAGAUUCAUUCCCAUUUGGGACAAUUAUGGAUAAAGCUGGUAUAAUUUUUGGUGUACAGAUGUUUGUGUGAACAUGAUUGUAAAUACCUACUAAUAUGACUACUGGAUCAAAUGCUAAGUAUAUGCUUAAUUUUAUAAGAAAAUACCAAACUCUUUUUUUUUCCUUUUUCUCUUUUCUUUCUUUUUUUUUUUGAGACAGAGUCUCACUCUAUCAUGCUAAAGUUCCAUGGCAUGAAAGUACCAAACUCCUUUUUUGUUGUUCUACUGUUUUGCAUUUUCAACACCAUUGUAUAAGACUUUCUUGUGUUCUAUUUCUUGAUCUGUGUGUCUAAGUAAAACUUAUAUUUAUUUUUUUUUAGAGACAGAGUCUCACUUUAUUACCCACGGUAGAGUGCUGUAGCGUCACAGUUCACAAUAACCUCCAGUUCUUGGGCUUAAGCGAUUCUCUUGCCUCAGCCUCCUGAGUAGCUGGAACGACAGGCAUCCGCCACAGCAUCCAGCUAUUUUUUUUGUUGUUGCAGUUUGGCUGGGGCCGGGUUUGAAUCUGCCACCCUCGGUAUAUGGGGCCAGUGCCCUACCCACUUAGCCACAGGUGCCACCCGAGUAAAACUUUUUUUUGAAGUAUUCCUAGAACUUUGCUACUGCAGAUCCCUUUCCAUAUAUUAAAUAAUUGCUUUUUUUCCUCUCCAAUAUCCUCAACAUUUUGUGAGAUUAUAGAAAUCUUCCAUACGUUUUAGACCUGUGUUAAUGCCUGGAAAAUGAUAAAAGAUAUUCUUCUGUGAUAUAUGCAUAGAGUUGGUCUUAUGUACAUAAAUAAGGAACUGUGAUGUAAGGAUAAAUAAACAAAAGGAACUUAGUAUUUUGUUUGAAAAAGAACUAGAGAAGAUAACUAUGGCUAGUACCUGGGAAACAGUAUGUAAGACAUGAGGCAUUUGGAGCGCUAUCUGUAUAUAUGAUUGCAGAUUUAGUGUAAAUGUUCUUUUGUUUACAUCAUUAAAUAAGUGAUGGGGAAGCCACAGAUGAAUGGUGUUCAGGCAUCUACCUCCCAAGUGGGAGGAAGAUUUGAUUACAAAAGAACAGCACAAAAAUGUUUAAGAGUAGUAGGACCGUAGUGAUAUUAGAUAGAUUGAUUGAUUCCUUUAUUGGUCUGUUUAGCUGUUCUGUUUUUCAAUUAAGUUCUCUUUUGCCUUUAUUAUCCUCGUUUUUGCGGAGUUCUGUGUAUGUGGUCUGACAGUUAAAUUCAUGUACUCUUCCUAGGAAAAACACUAGAUACCUCGUUGUUGAAUAUCACUAUGGCACCUUUGAAGUACUUCUCUUGGGAAGCUGUCAUCAUACGAGGCCUGACAAUUAAGUUUGAAAACUUGCCAGUGUGGGCUUACAUUGGCAGCACUGUACAAACACCUCGUUGAGGUUUCUUCAUCUUGGUAUACCAGUGUCUUAUGGCUGUGUUCAUGGCCAAGUGGCAUUAUCUUGCUGAGUGACAUCUAUUAUUGUUGCAUGUUUUUGUUUGCCAUAUGACGAAAGCUCUUAUGGUCAUUCUAGAAAGAAUUUCAAAAUUGGCUUGCCUCCUGUAGCUCAGCAGCUAGGGCACCGGCCACAUACACCAGAGCUGGUGGGUUUGAACACAGCCCGGGCCUGCCAAAACAACAGUGACAACUACAACAACAACAAAAAAUAGCCAGGAUAUUGACACAAUUAAGAAUCUCCCCUGAUGGUUUUGAUUCCCACCAAAGAUUACAAAAAUCUUUGUCAGUGAUUGUGAAUAUCUUCCCUUCUCAGACUUGCCUUUAAGGUAUGCAAAUAAGGACUUAUCUCCAAAAAAGGACAUUUAUGAAUCAAAAUUAUCUCAGUGGGAAAUGAGUGACAGACUUGAAAACUGUGAUUUUAAAAAGUCCAAUUUCAGAGACUAUUUGGAAGUCAAAGGCAAGGUGGAGAAGCAAAAAGAAGAUCCCAAGGAACAUUUAAGGCAAGGGAUGAUCACGUAUGACAAAAUGUCCAUUUUCAACCGGCAUUCUUACUUAUCUCAAAGUCCAAGAUGUCAUUCUACUGAGAAACCCUAUAAAUGUGAGGAAUGUGGGAAAGCCUUCAGACGAGCAUCACACCUGAGUCAACAUCAGAGUAUUCAUACUGGUGAAAAACCCUUUGAAUGUAAGCAAUGUGGGAAGGCCUUUAGUCGUGAUUCACAACUCAGUCUUCAUCAGAGACUUCACACUGGAGAGAAACCCUAUGCAUGCAAGGAAUGUGGGAGGGCUUUUACUCAAAGCUCACAACUUAUUUUACAUCAUAGAAUUCAUACUGGUGAAAAACCAUAUAAAUGUGAAGAAUGUGGGAAAGCCUUUAUUCGUAGCUCACAACUCACCCGGCAUCAAAAAGUCCAUACGGGUGAGAAACCUUACGAAUGUAAAGAAUGUGGGAAGGCCUUUACGCAGAAUUCACAGCUUACUCUGCACCAGAGACUUCAUACAGGUGAGAAGCUCUAUGAAUGUAAAGAAUGUAGAAAGGUCUUUACGCAGCAUUCACAACUUGUCCUCCAUAGGAGAAUUCAUACUGGUGAGAAACCCUAUGAAUGUAAAGAAUGUGGGAAAGCUUUUAUUUGUGGUUCCCAGCUUUCUCAACAUCAGAAAAUUCAUAAUGGGGAAAAACCAUUUGAAUGUAAAGAAUGUGGAAAAGCCUUUAUACGGGGCUCACUGCUUAUGCAACAUCAGAGGAUCCAUACUGGUGAAAAACCCUACAAAUGUGAAGAAUGUGGGAAGGCCUUUAUCCGUGGUUCACAACUAACUCAACACCAGAGAAUUCAUACCAAUGAAAAGCCCUAUGAAUGUAAGGAAUGUGGAAAGACCUUUAGUCAUGGCUCACAACUUACUCAACAUCAGCGAAUACAUACUGGUGAGAAGCCUUAUCAGUGUAAGGAAUGUGGAAAGGCCUUUAAUCGUGGCUCACUCCUUACUCGGCAUCAAAGGAUUCAUACGGGUGAGAAACCAUAUGAAUGUAAAGAAUGUGGAAAAACCUUCAGUCGUGGCUCAGAACUUACUCAACAUGAGAGAAUUCACACUGGGGAGAAACCCUUUGAAUGUAAGGAAUGUGGUAAAUCUUUUAUUCGUGGGUCACAGCUUACUCAACAUCAAAGAAUUCAUACUGGUGAGAAGCCUUAUGAAUGUAAGGAAUGUAGAAUGGCCUUUACUCAGAGUUCACAUCUUUCUCAACAUCAGAGACUUCAUACUGGUGAGAAACCUUAUGUGUGUAAUGAAUGUGGGAAGGGCUUUGCUCGUGGUUUACUACUUAUACAACAUCAGAGAAUUCAUACUGGUGAGAAACCAUAUCAGUGUAAGGAAUGUGGGAAGGCCUUUAUUCGUGGUUCACAACUGACUCAACAUCAGCGAAUUCACACUGGAGAAAAACCUUAUGAAUGCAAAGAAUGUGGAAAGGCUUUUAGUCAUGGCUCUCAACUUACUCUACACCAGAGAAUCCAUACUGGUGAGAAGCCCUAUGAAUGCAAACACUGUAGAAAGGCCUUUACUCAGAGCUCACAUCUUUCUCGACAUCAGAGAAUUCAUACUGGUGAAAAACCCUAUCAGUGUAAGGAAUGUGGGAAGGCCUUUACUCGUGGUUCACAACUAACUCAACAUCAGAGAAUUCAUAUUAGUGAGAAAGCUUUUGAAUACAGGGAAUGUGGGAUAGAUUUUAAUCAUGGAUCACAAGUUUAUAUGUGAAUUAUCUGAUUCUGUGGGAUUAGUAUAUAGAGCCUUCUAUGGUCAUUUAUCAGCAAAGAACUUUCACAAAUGUGAAUAUGGGAGAACAUUUGCCACAUACUGGUCAGCAUCAGAGCAUCUGUAUAGGAGAAUGUGAAUGUUAAUGUAAUCCAUGUAGAAAAGCCUAUCAUUUGUAACCUAUUAAACAAAUUAGAGAAUAAUUCUGUAACUGUACUGUAUGUAGGAAGGCCUUUAACUACAGCAGUUGUCCUUUACAUCAUCCUCUUAUCUCUACCAUUUUAUUUCCUUUGAUAUAUAUAUAUCAGUAUCAUGAUAAUUCACUUCUUUGGUUUAAUCAUUCAUAAAAUAUACUUAAUACCUUCAACAGAUCCAUGGAAGUAUUAUGUAAGUUAUUACAUGUUAAAUCUUUUAGAACAGUGCCUUGGACAUAUCAUAGAUAUUAGCUAUCAAUUUCACUGGUUUUUAGAGAAUUUGCAUGAGAGGAGAGCACUUGUGAGUGCAAAGAAUAAUGCUUAACUCAGAUGAUUUGAGUAGGGACAGAUUUAAAUCUCAUCCCUUAUGGUAAAAGAGCAAAUUCAUACCAUAAAGAAAUUUUGUGGAUUGAAUCAAUGGAUUAUUGAGUACAGCCAUUAGAGAAUGUGGGAGAAGUGAAGUAAUUUGUAACAAAGUCCAAGAUCCAAAAUUUAACAAAUUUACUAGGAACUUUUAAAAAACCUGAAUGUACUGCUUUUUAAAUAAACAGAAAACAGUGCCUCCCAUUGCGGACUAUUUUGCAAUUGAAAAUGAUGAGAAUGUGUGUGAAAGUUUUUUUUUUUUUUUUUUUUCAUCUAAGCAAUAUCUAUAUUCACUUCCUUAGUGACAAAAUUCUGGGCUGUAAAACUAUUUCAGCUCUCCUUACAGGUCAGUUAUAUAAACUUGAUAUCUACUGCGUAGGACAUUUAAAAAAUCCAUUUUUCCUAUGUGCCUUUUUUCCAUACCUAAAAUGGUGACAUACAAGCUGAAGUUCUGAUACUCUCAUGGAGACUUUGAAGAUGUACCUGGGUAUUACAGAUGUGGAACAACCAUAUUAGCUCUGGUCUUCUUGCCUCCUGUAUUUCUUCAUAUAAAAUUCAAUGUUUGUUGAUGCUAUUAUAGUCCUGUUAUUUACAAUAAAAAUUAUUAAUAGACAAUUUUGUAUCUAGAAUUGGGGUGCUGUGGGUAAAAGCAACUUCAAAUAUGUCAUUAAUAUAGGGCCAUUGAGAAUGAGGAUAUACUCAUAUCAGGCUAGAAACCAGAAGAUUCUUGUUUUCAGUGGCAAGACAUUUGGUUGUUGCUUUUCAAUAUUACAAGGCAGGUUUUGUGCCAGUUGAGGCUGUAAUGUUAAGGGAAAUGAGUGAUGUAGAAUGUGUGUUUUGAGUACAGUAUUUCUUGCUGCUUUCAGUAAUGACCAAUGAAAGAAAUUCAGAGUAAAGUUAGGCCACUAGUAGCAACUCAAGGAGAUUUACUUUGUAAGAGACGCCAUCUCUGAUGGAGGCAGCCCUCUACCCUUUAUGAAGGUAAUUACAGUAAUUUAAAACAAUUGGAACAAGAAAUGAGACCACUGCCAAUACAUAUGAAGGCAUUCCGCUAGCUGUUGUAUUUAUAUUUUUCCCCACCUGGGCUUCUUGGUCCAAAAGCGGUCAUAUUUAUUUGGUGCUUACUGUACUUCAACCACUAUCACAGGUAUUUGGGAUAUAUCAGAGAACAAUUCUAGCAGGAGGAGAUAGGAUAAUGCAUAUAGAGUAUGUUAGAACAUAAACAUGAUACAGAGAAAAGUAACUUUCAAGGAGAUGGCAGCUCGGGGCCCAUAGUGCAGUGGUUAGGGUGCCAGCCACAUACACUGGGGCUGGCAUUUUCAAACCCAGCCUGGACCUGCUAAACAACAAUGACAACUACAACAACAACAAACUAGCCAGGUGUUGUGGCAGGUCCUGUAGUCCCAGCUAAUUGGGAAGCUGAGGCAAGAAAAUCUUUUAAGCCCAAGCGUUUGAGGUUGCUGUCAGCCAUGACGCCACAGCACUACCAAGGCUGACAUAGUGAGAUUCCCUCAACAACAAACAAAGGACAUGGUGGAAUAUCACAGCUUAGAUUGCUUUAUGAAACAAUGAUCAAAAUAGACCAUUUAGAAGGAAGGACUUGAGCCAAGAUUUGAAGGGAUUAGGUAGUAAGUCAAUGUUAAAAGAGCUUUACUGGCAGAGGAAAAGGAUAGGGAGACCAUGAAAUGGGAUCAUGUAGGUAUUAUUUUAGGAAUAUCAGGGAAGUUCUUGCAGAAUUAUAUCUUGUAUCUUUCAGGAGACCAGAGAGAUUAAUAGAGCCAGAGCAUUCCAGGGCUGUAAACCAUUGUGAGCCAUUUGUAUUUUAUUGUCAGGGAAAAGGGCAGUCAUUGGCAAGUUUAAGCAGACAUGCUGACAUGUAGCUUUUGUAAAAAACCAGGUAAG